CAAACGUAGCCUUUCCGCCAGCAUCUGACAUACACAAGGCAGCCCGAGCAGCGCCAUCCUUCUGCUGCGUCUGCUGCAUACGCUAGCCCUGCCUCUAUAAGCAGCAAAGAUGGCUCUUAUAGGCAUCUCUCUACUCGUUGCCUCAGUUGUCUACGUCGUCAUCCGCCCUCCCACAUGGCUUCCUCGACGCCUCUCGACGUGGUUCUCCAGACUCAUCGCCGGCAGCGCUGAUCGAUCUGCAUCGAGUAGCAGAGAUUCAAACAUCCCAACAAUAGCAGAACCAUCUGCGCACGAUGACGAUGGUGUCCCAGCUGUUGCGCCGUCGACGCCGCCAGCUAAACCGAGCCAGCAGAUGGCAACGCCAGCCGUCCCCGAUAUCGAACUCAUGCCUCCUCCCCCUCGACCAUCACCGAUACAACCGCCCACUCCUACAAUAGAAGAAUCUGAAUCACCUACAACACCAAAGGCAUUAAAGGCCCCCGCAUCCGCCAUGCCUCCUCCUAGCUUCACAAUAUCGUCGGAUAAGCCAUCGGCUUCCAUGCUCCCGCCUCCCCGGCCACACCCACAACCACCUGCGUCUGCAUCUUCGUCGAUGAUGCCUCCUCCUCCUCCGAAGCCUCCUACGCUUGCACAGUUCCCAGCUGUCAACUCAGCGCAGCGUGCUCGUGGUCCAGCUCCAAACCGCGGUCCAUCGGGUGGUCUUGUGCCUGCGGGCCUCGCACCACCACCGACACACUCUUCCAAGCCGAACAAGCCGAGCCGACAAGUUACACUGGAUCCGGGACACUCGCCGCUAGACUGGGCACGCAUCUCCGGUCCCAAUGCCGACCUCCGCGGCCUCGACCCGUCGUCGCCGUAUCUUCGUGUCACACCAUCCAUGCUUAAAGUCAUGACGGGGCGCAAGGGCAAAGACGCCUGGAUGGCUCUCAACGGCAAGGUGUACAAUGUUACGCCCUACGCUGCGUUCCACCCGGGUGGUAUCCCCGAACUGAUGCGUGGUGCUGGCCGUGACGGAACCCAACUUUUUGGCGAAGUGCAUCCCUGGGUCAACUAUGAAACGAUGCUUACGGCCUGCUUGGUUGGCUUGUUAGUCGACGAGCCUACUGAUGCCAACGUACUCAGCGAGAUUGAUCAGAUGGACUAGUUGAUGAUGAAGAACAACAAGAUGAGUUAGGAUAUAGAAACACUGUGUGCUUGUAACAGUCAGUGUAUUUGCAUUUGAUGGAGUUUUACUUUUGUUUUAGAUUGCGGUCACUAGAGUCAUACAGGU